CAUGGGGGUGCAUGAGGAGGGUGGGUCUGUAGGAAUCAUUACGCGUGAACCCAGCGUCAUCAACGAUGGCAGCAGCAGUCUGCCUGCUGAGUUUUCUUUUCCCCAGCCAUCGUCUGCACCAUCUACGUCGUCUUCUUCUUUUCCCCGUUCUCCUCCUCCCCCUCUUUUUCGAGCUCCUCCUUCUUGUCUAUCUGCGCCCCGUCCUCGUUCCCGCCUAUCCAUUUCCACCACAUCAGCAUUGUCUCCCGCCUAUCAGCCUUCUCCAUCCCCGGGUUCCGCUCGUAUGUUGUUCCUCCUAGAAUGCGAUUGCGGAGCUUACAACAGUGAUUUGGCGCGCAGCAUAACUGAGAUACUGCUUUGGCGGCGACCAUCAAGAACCAUUCUGGCCAUACUUUGCGGCAGCAUUCUCUAUUAUCACGCGCAGUUUCGUCUACGACCAAUGAUCGCUUUCCUAGCUGAUGCGUUUCUCAUCCUCUCAUGCGUGUCUGUGGGAGUGUAUCAUCUGGCAGCUGUUGCUGCACCUGGAUGGGCCGUCGAACUAAGUCGCAAGUGGGAGAUUUCCACUCAGUCUGCCAACUGCCUGGUGGCGUUCGCGGUCAAUCUCUUGGGUGCAGCGGAAGCCGUGUUACGCGUGGCUGCCAGUGGGUCGGACAUAAGAUUGUUUUUGAAAGUUGUCGUCAUUCUCUAUGCGCUAUCCAUUCUUGGAAAGUUGAUCUCUGGUUCGACCUUCCUCUACGCUUGCAUGUGGGUGGGCUUCACUGUGCCCGCAAUCUGUACUCGCCUCUGGGGGGAUGGUACGGCCGUUGGGGCGGAGAUAGGAGGGGGAGGGGUAAUGGGAGCGGGAGGUAGGGUAGGAGGUGGAUCGUGUGGAGGAGUGAGAUCGUCGGGUAAAGGAGUAGGCGGAGGUGCGGGAGUGGGAGGCUCUGCUGCCUCGCGGUUCUUGAGUGAGGGUGAUGUUCUAUCUGGUGACCGGGGUCAUUCUCCGCGCACACAGAGCACAGGCAUGUGCACGCAUGCGGAGGAGGAGGAGGAGGAGGAGGAGGAGGAGGAGGAAGAAGAAGAAGAAGAAGAAGAAGAAGAAGAAGAAGAAGAAGAAGAAGAAGAAGAGGAGGAGGAGGAUGAGCAAGGAGCAAAGGCCGAUCCUUGGGCAGACGGCCAUCGUCAGUGCGUGACUCCGAAGAUAUUGCACAGCCACCGACGUUGUGAUCUUCCGUGUGGCGCUGUUCGUGGAGUCUUGAUUGACGUCAUGUCAUCGGAAGCGGCGUCUGGGAUGGACGUUGACGGCGAGGCAGGGCGCGGCGGUUUGAUGACGGCGGAGAGGACGGCUAUUGCUGCGGUGGUUAAUGCCGUCCUCUUCCGCUGCCAGAUGGCGAGCAAUGACACGAACUUCAAAGCGGCUGUUCGUGCACGGCGCAAGCUGUUGGCGCUUCCGACGACUGGGCAGUGCUUGGAUGUGGCUGCCAUUUCUGACGCGGUGCUGGAGCGGCGAACGGGCGGCACGUGGGAGGAUCUGUGGCAAUGUGAUGACGCAACGGAUGAUUACUUCAAGGAGAAGCUUCGAAUGUCGCCUCGUGUUUUCCGCGAGAUCGUGGAGACUCUUUCCCCACUCCUUCAACGCCGUGUGACGUUCUACAGGGUGCCUUUGCAGCCAGACCACAUCAUUGCGUAUGCACUGUACAGGUGGGCCACGGGGGAGACGUACGACAGCGGGACGUGUAGCUUCGGCAUCGGGAGGGCUUCCGGCAUCACGGCAGUGCGUGACGUGACGGCGGCGUUGCUGACUGCUUACCCCGACAAGAUAUCAUGGCCCACAGGAGCGCAAGUGGUGGUCGACAUGAACUUGCGUGUGCUGGACGUCUUCGUCGGUUAUCCGGGGAGUGUGCAUGACAUAAGGAUGCUGAACCUGUCGAGUUUGUGGGUGCGCGCGGAGUCAGGACAACUUUUCACUGGGCCGCAUGUGAUGCUGCCUUUCGGUGUGCGGACUAAUGGUUACUUGCUUGGCGACAACGGAUAUCCGCAGUCGGAAUGGAUAGUCGUCCCGUACGGCGGUCUCGCUCAACACCCGACGGAGGCACGCUUUGACAACAAACAAAAGACGGCCAGGGGAGCAGUGGAGAGGGCGUUUGGCAGACUGAAGGGGAUGUGGAGGUUGUUCCUCCGCACCCACAAGUGCAACAUGGACAGCUUGCCGCAACAAUUCGUCGCCGUCUGCAUCCUCCACAACAUACUCAUCGACGCCGGCGUCCCGUUUGACGACAAUCUGCUGUGGGAGGUGGGUCCAAACGGCGUGCGUCGUAGAGUGGAUCUGGGGAUGCAUCAGCCAUUGAGGCCAGUGUGCAUGGAGUCUUCGACGGGGGAUGCGCUGAUAUUGAGGGACACGUUGGCGGAGCGGAUGAUUGCGCAGUGAGGUUGGCCGUGUUCGCAGUUGGAG